AUGUGGAAGAGACCACUGCGUGACGUGGUGGUUCGUUGCCAUGUUGGCAACCUGCGAGUGUCUGGAGUGAUGGCACGCAAUGCGGUGGAGGAGGUAUCACGGCGAUGGGGGCUACCGCUCAUCUCCGAAGGUACAAAGCUCUGGGGCGAGUACAUGGCAGGCACUGCCAUGCUCAGCUCCUUUUUCAAGGGUGAGGAGCGGGUCAAGAUGAUGGUCAAGACGCCCAACAUCCAGGAGCUAUAUAUCGAGGCAAUGGCCGUCGGAGAGGUUCGUGGCAAAGCCGUCUACGUGGAUCAGUCACUUGCUGGAGCUCCGGAACGUGGAGGGCAUAUGCACAUUUCCAAGAUUUUGUAUGGCGCAGCGAAGCCGUAUAACACGUCCAUUGAGGCGUCUGGGGUACCUGAACUGGACUGGCAGAGGUUUUUCGACAUAUCGGAGCAGGUUCCGACUAUCGUACGCAUCGAUAGUGAGGCCGACGAAGAUCACACGCGCAGCUGUGGUCUUAUCGUCCAAAAAAUGCCUCCAACGGAGGCACACGAGCGCCACUAUGAGUUAGAUGACCUGGCAUUCGACAAACUCCCGUUCUAUGCCUCUGAAUUGAAGAAAAACACCGACCUGCUCGAGUAUCUGAACGAACUGAUCCCUGGAGCUGACAUAACGGACAAUAACUGCAAGCGCGUGCCCCUGGAUUACUAUUGCCGCUGCUCCAAGGACAACUACGCACAUCGUCUUAAGGACAUGGGAGCCUCGGAUCUGAAGCAAAUUGCUACCGACGUAGGCAGCGCUGGUGUGGAUCUCACUUGCCAUUUUUGUAAUGAUGCACAUCAUUUUUCAGCCGACGAACUGGACGGUCUGAUUGAAUCGUUGUCCGAAACGCAGAAAUAA